UUGCCUGAAGAUAAGACCAAACUGAUUAACAGGAUCAUCCCGAACCCAAAAUUGCAGCAGUAAACCGAUAAAGUGAUGGAGACAGAGUUCAAAGGAGGAUGUUGCUUUUGCUUCAGCGUGAAGAAGAGCAGUGACCAAAGGAGCAAAAGCAUGAGCGGAAUUCAGAGUUCCUCAAAUCAGCAGAGAGACUGGGGGAAGAAGGAAGAGAUGCUGUCUGAUAUGAGUACUUUCAGUGUUGAAGAGCAAGAAAAGAGGCUGAAGAAGGCGAAGAAGGACGAAGAUAGGGCGAGCAAAGAAGCAGAGAAGAUAAUUUCAUGGGUGAAGCAAGAAUCCGCAAGGAUUGAUGAUUCUCUUGUCAAAACUGUUCUUACUGAUGAUAAUGAUCAUGAGAAUGAAAAAGCAGCAUCCAAGUAAUAUCCUGCUUCUCAUACCUCUCAGUUCAAUCCAUUGUGCGCGUUUUGUUUUCAAAAUUAGAAUGUGAAGCUUCUGAAUUUUCUUCACGAGUUUCAACUUGUAAAUGGUUACAUUUUAUUCGUGUUAUUGGAUUGCAGUGUGAAAGGAUGGGUAUUUUUUCAUUGACUUGUAUCUUUAUUA